AUGCAGCACCGUGCUUAUACGGCGCUAGUGGUCGUGGUCGUGCGCCCCCAGCGCGCCACAGAUGCACAGCGCUUUGCUUCAUUGCAGAAAAUUCGACGCGCACAUGAUGCUGCGUAUGAGCGCUGGCUUCCCCACCUUACACUGAUCCCGCCAUUUCAGCUGCACGGACCACCUUGCAACGCUGCGCUGCCAGCCUGGCUUGCAACGGACUUGGACGCAGUGGCUGAUACGGCACAAACAGUGUGCGACGGCACCAAAAGACAUACUAUCAAGCUUCAGGAAAUUCACUCAUUCCCGUUGCGCAAGUACGAGAAUAUUCAUUUGCGGCCGGAUCGCGCGUCUGCAGCACCGCUUGCUGCGUUCCAAAAAACCCUGCAGCAGGCACUGCAUCACUGCAUACGCGACAAAAGCAAGCAGCGUAUGCGGUUUGUACCGCAUGCAUCACUUGGGCAGGCAUACACACCACGGGAUGCUGAGACAAUCGUUGAGAAGGCAGUACGCACGCUGCAAGUCAAACCUCCGCGGCGCAUGCCACAGCCUGAGGCGCCGGUCCAGGGGAUUUGGGCCGAUGUCGCGACGAUUCAAGUUAUGUAUAAACCUGUCGGUGCCCAAGGGUCUUAUACUGUAUGGCGUACACUGCCGCUACAACCGACAUAA